CGCCGCCCCGCGACCUGCCGCCCCUCAGGACCGACGAGUCGGCACGGCUGUCUCGAGCGCCAUGUCGGGUUCCUCUAGCGUCGCCGCCAUGAAGAAGGUGGUUCAGCAGCUCCGGCUGGAGGCUGGGCUCAACCGCGUGAAGGUUUCCCAGGCAGCUGCAGACUUGAAACAGUUCUGUCUGCAGAAUGCUCAACAUGACCCUCUGCUGACCGGAGUGUCUUCCAGUACAAAUCCCUUCAGACCCCAGAAAGUCUGCUCCUUUUUGUAGUCAGCUAUCUUGAGGUUUCUUAAACGACUUUUCAUGACCCAGUGGAUGUUCAAGAGAACUAGAUCUGAAGUCUGUACAGAAGCUUCUCUAACACGUGCCAUAUACACAGUCUGUACUUGUCAGUCCUUAACAUCUACCUCUCUGAAUCUUUAUGGAUUUCUGUUUCACAAGGUUUAACUAUUUUAUAUACACUGGCUGUAGCAUUCAAUAAAACAGCAUACAAAUUUA